GGGAUCAUGAAAUUGACAACUUUGGUAGAGGCCUGCCUACUUUACAUGGCUAUGCAUUCAGUUGUUUUGCUUUUUCAGAAAGAUGUGCUUUUGUAGAAAAAACGAGUUUUGAAAAUUGUUAAAUUUUUGUUGCGCUUCCUAGUCCCCAGGAGUCCUAAAAUUAACAAAUUUUGUCUCUAUUAUUCCAAAGAUGUUUCAUACCAAACUGAUAGAAUUGAAAGGGUAGUAAUCAAGAAGUAGUAAAAAUGUUCAAUUAUCAACGCAUGACGGACGACGGACGCAGACCCAUGCAAAAAGGUCGCCCGAGUGACAAUAGGAUGCUCAAUAUUUUCAACGAUGAAGCAAAACAAAUUGACAUCUAGAUAAUUUUUGUAUAUCAGCGCAGGUAUACGUUUACGUGAAGUUUUUUUGUUUGUUUUUUUUUUUUUUUUGUUGGUUUUUUGUUGUAUUUUUUUUUUUUUUGGUUUUUUAUUUUUGUUCUGAAGUUUUGAAAUUAGAAAUUGCCACGCCAUUGUCGUCGUUUAUUUUUUGGCUUAUGGACUAUGUUUAGACAGACUGAAUCCAAUCUCUCAAGACUACAUAUAUAACAAUCGCGGGGUAUAUGAAAAUACCUCAACCGGGAGACACAAAUAUCUAAAACAAAUUUACGAGACGAUAUUCCACUCAGGUUAUGUAUUCGCAAUAUACAAGUACUUAGAUUUUAUAAAUGAUCAUUGGAAUUUCAACUUUUAAAGUCUUAGUAAUUGUCGAAUUGGAUUGCCAGAAGUGGGCGUUGUCAUAUGAUAUAGUGUGUGUCUAUCUAUCUAUCUAUCUAUAUAUUGUUGUUUAUACAGUUGAAUUUUCAAUUUGGGAACCAUAUUUCAUAUUUCCGUAUCUCUGUCUAACAUAAUAGACAGUCCACAUAUGGUCAUACCUGGUAUGCCUACUAGAUGGCCAGCUGACUUUUUUCUGAACGUAGUAUUUAAAUAGUAUGGCAUUCCUUUGGUAAGUCAAUUGACACGUAGUAAAUUAAAGUCACGGGAGGUUUUUUUUAAUAAUGCGAUUAUACAGCAUUCUAAUAAGAGAAAUUUUACUUGCAUUAUCAGACAGCAAAACUGACUUCUCUGAGAUAACGUAGAAAUGAAGAUGCGUUACUUGCGGUGAAAAUUAUCUGCAAGGUGUUAAAAUGGCAAGACGGAGAUGGAUAUAUGCAAUAUUCAUCAAUGUUGGUGGAACCAUUUUCCAAACAAGGAUGUCCACAUUGAAAAAUAUUCCGGAUUCUCGCCUGGGAAAUCUGUCUCCGGCCUCCCCCGAGUACAACGCUGAAACGGAUGAAUAUUUCUUUGAUCACAGUCCAGUUCUGUUCAAUGAAAUCCUCGACCUAUACCGUACCGGUGAGCUUCACAUUCCCUCCAACUGUUGUGGCGCUGUAGUACAGAGGGAACUGGAAUACUGGAAGAUUCCAAAGUGUUUAAUUUCCGAAUGUUGCAUCCAUUCGUAUCAUAGGUUUGUCCAUGAUCAGAACACGAUCCAGUCAAUCCGAGAAUCUUUUGAUGAGAUUCUUGAUUACGAUCCAAGAGAUUGGAGAGAAGGCAAAUUUAAUAAACUUUUGAGAACAGUUUGGAUAACUCUUGAACAACCAAAAUCCUCCACGUGUGCCAAGAUAUUCAACGCCUUAUACCUGUCUUUGGUCAUGCUGUCCGUUUUUGUUUUCCUCCUCUCCUACCAGCCAUACUGUCGAACCGAAAUUAUGACAUACGAAAAGCUAGUCUUUCUGAAAAACUAUUCCUCCAUCUCAUUGUUCAGGUCAGUGAACUUGAACAACGCCAAACAAGUGAUGUUUUUAACCACAGCAGUUCACCCAGUGCUGGAUAACAUCGAUCUGUUUUGCAUAACCUUUUUCACGCUUGAGUUACUGGCGCAUUUCUUUUCUUGCCCGCGAAAGUUGAAGUUCUUUACCUAUGUGCUCAAUGUCCUUGAUCUGUACCUUGUGGUUGCCAUGUGGAUCACUUAUGCCAUUGAGACGCAUAUAGAAAGUUAUUUGGAUGAUACCAGAAUGAUUAAUUUCUACUCUACAUUAAAAGCAUCGUUAGUACUACGUUUGCUAAGGUUUUUCAGACUUAUGAAGCAAUUCAGUGCUCUAAAAAUUUUGUUCAUGUCUCUGAAAGCAAGCAUCAAGGAAUUGUUGCUUUUAUUCAUAACUUUUCUACUAUCGUCCGUUCUGUUUGCUAGUUUUAUGUACUUCGCUGAAUUUGAUAUACAGGAUGUCUUUCCAACUAUUAUUGAAAGUAUGUGGUGGGCCAUCAUCACUAUGACAACUGUUGGAUAUGGAGACAUGUCCCCGCGGUCCUUUCCUGGAAAACUUGUGGGCAUUGCUUGUGCAGCUGUAGGUAUAGUGAUUAUAGCGAUGCCAAUAGCGGUUGUUGCAGCUAAUUUCAGUGAGUAUUAUUUAAAGAAUAGUGAGAGAAGACUUCGUGGACAGUUGAUGAAGAACAAGAAGAAGAAACAAUCAUGUUGCAGCUGGGGUGAAUCUCGGCAAGUUGACCAUUACAGCACUGGUCAGCCUUCACCAAACAAUCAAAUAAAGAGGAAAAAUUCUAAACUGACAGGCAUAAAUGCCCAUUCCUCAAAAGCAAAUGCUUCAAAUGGUUCUUCUAAAAAGCAAAAAGGCAAAAAAAGUAAGAAGUUUUCGGAUGGAAUGAGAAGUACAGAAACACCAUCGUCUGCCAUUUCGCGAAAGACGGAUGUAGAUGAAAAACAUAAUGGAAUUUGGUGCGAUGUACCCGACUUGCCGGUUUAAUGACGUCAUUACAACCAUUAUGCUCAAACAACUAGAUUCCGGAAAUUGUUAAUCUCCGGAAAACAGCUACCUGUCAGUUGUACAUAUCAUACCCAUGUAGCGUUACUUUGUUGUGCAUUCCUAAGAUAUAGGGCUCACGGCGGGUGUGACCGGUCAACGGGAGAUGCACCCGAUUCCACCUAUGGUGUUUCCAGAGGUCCGUGUUUGCCGUACUCUCAACUUUGUACUAAGUAUUCGUUAUAGAAUAUAUAAGGUUGGCCACUGUUCGUUAUCUUCACCUUUUGAUAUUCAUGUA